AUGUCGUCGAUCAAGCUCACUAUCUUUGUCGUCGGUCCGCCGCGAUCAGGCAAGACGGCCCUCUGCAACUACUUGGCCGAGCUCUCCGAGUCGCUGAACAGCUCGCAGUAUCACCCAACCGAGGGCGUCAGGAUUCUAGAGUUUGAGCGCAAGAUCGUGCUCGAUUCCAAAAAGACCAACAGCAAGAGCAAGGAAACAAUUGUGUCGGUUGAGCUCUGGGACUGCAGCGGCGAUCCAAAAUUCUAUCCGUGCUGGCCAGCGGUGGCCAACACAGCCCACGGCGCCGUGAUUCUGUUCUCGCCGGACUCGAAGCAAGAAAAGGAGGUUGAAACAUGGUACAAUUUCUUUUCGUUCAUGAAGGACUCCCAGAUUGCCGUAUUUGCCCACAAGAUGAUGAGUCCGUCCCAGAAAGGUGCCAAGAUGAAGCUAGCCGGCAAGCUUUCCAAGCUGAAUGUCACCUCGACCACUCUCGACGAGCAGACCAAAGCCGAAUUUGACACCGUCAUUUGUAAUGCCUAUCAAGCCUAUACCGAGAAUCGCGAGCGCGAAGAGCAGAAGAAUGGACGACAGCAACACCACGCGCCUCGAGUGAACAUUGGAGGACUCCAUGAGACUGGCAUCCAAGAAAACGAUCCAACCAACUCGGUCGCUCUCGAUCGAGUGUACGAUAUGGUCCAGCUACAGUGGGACUUUGUUCAGAAGAGAUGAUGUGUUUCAUUGGGUUGCAGCACACUGUAAGUUUGCGCCGAACGAAACAUGACUCUCCGAACAAGCUGUAUGCACAAACGACCUGACUCUUGUAGUAUUUUCCUGCGGGAUCACAGCGCGCAUUCCACUCGUAUUGCACGCAUUCCACUCGUAUAGCACGCAUUGCGCUCGCCUCCGCCAGUAUUCGUUUAUUGUCAUGGCUUUUUAUCAGCAUAAUUCGUCACUAUAAGCUGCUGCCCCCAUCCGAGUGUAUGGUGCAGGUCUGGUACCUUCCCUCAGAGCUUGGACUUGACGAUAGGCUUGGCGGCGGCAGGUGUGUUCUUGGAUUCGUCGAUGUACCAGACCAUCUCGUAUUCCUGUC